GCAGCCGUUAUAUUGCGUUCUUCCACUGUGCGCAGUUCACCCUGGACCGAGAAUGACUUUUCUCCGAACCUGCUUAUUGAACUAUAAUGGAAAUUAAAGUCUAUUCCUGUCGUGUUAUUUUGGAACACAUUCUAUUGAACCUUCUUAUUUUAGAAUUAAUGUGAGCGUGACACGCUUGAACCACGUCUCCCUCAGGUGUCCCAUAUUUUAUAAGGCAACCAUCGCGCUUUGGAUUAAAUGGAUUUGAUUUUUAAUUAAGGACUUUUCCUGUCCUUGUCUUCUAGAGGAUGGUACCUGCUGUGGCGUGAAAAAGAUUUUCUCAUAAAGAGCCGUGAUCAAUUCAUCCCUCCUCCGGAUAAACCUUUAUUAUUUUCAGAAGUUUGGAAAGUCCACAGUUGCUCACUUAUCACGACAUACUGGAUCUAAAAUGAAAAGCCGGUUUGUAUUUGCGGGGUUUUGGUGGAGUUCCUAUUGUGUGUUGCUUAUAGCAGGUAGUAGUUAUUUGAUUGACAGCACCAGUGAACUACAUUCGAGAUCCACACACCGGCGUUUACGAACUCAAGAAAAGAGAGAGAUGCAGAAAGAAAUUUUGUCUAUCCUGGGACUGUCGCACAGACCCAGACCUCAUCUAUGGAAUGCCAAAUACAACUCAGCACCCCUUUUCAUGCUGGACCUGUACAAUGCAGUAAACGUCGAAGAAAAAACUAAAGUUGAUGGGAUUUUGGAGCCUUAUAAGUCAUUGUUCACAACUCAAGAACCCCAUUUAGCCACAAUUCAAGACAACGUGUACUUAAAUGAAGCUGACAUGGUGAUGAGCUUUGUGAAUUUAGUGGAGUAUGACCGGGAGUUGUCUCCAGAAGACAGAAGACACCAUAAGGUGUUCAAGUUCAAUCUGUCUCAGAUCCCAGAGGGAGAGACAGUUGCAGCUGCAGAGUUCAAGAUCUACAAGGAAUGUGUGGGCACUGCUUUUCACAAUGAAACCAUCCAGCUGAGUGUUUUUGAGGUGGUGGGGAAACAUCUAGACAGAGAUGCAGACCUUUUUCUGUUGGAGACCCGCCAGCUGUGGGCAGUGGAAGAAGGCUGGCUGGGGUUUGACAUCACAGCCACUAGUAACCUCUGGGUAAUGAAUCCACAUCAUAAUCUGGGUCUGCAGAUAAGUGUGGAAACUAACAAUGGACAGAGCAUUACCCCUAGAGAGGCAGGGCUAGUCGGUCAGGAUGGACCUCUGGAGAAACAGCCCUUUAUGGUGGCCUUUUUCAAGGUAAAAAAGCUCCACAUCCGCACAACCCGCUCUGUAGGAAAAUCCAGACAGCAGAGUCACAAUCGUUCCAAUUAUCCACAGGAGGCACAAAAAGGCCCAGGAGACACAGCAGAUUAUAAUAGCAGUGAUCAGAAGACAGCCUGCAGAAAACAUGAACUAUAUGUUAGCUUCAGAGACCUGGGCUGGCAGGAUUGGAUUAUUGCACCUGAAGGCUAUGCAGCUAAUUAUUGUGAUGGAGAAUGCUCAUUCCCAUUAAAUGCUCACAUGAAUGCCACGAAUCACGCUAUUGUACAGACACUGGUCCACCUGAUGAACCCGGAGAAUGUCCCAAAGCCAUGCUGUGCUCCAACCAAGCUCCAUGCCAUCUCUGUGCUAUAUUUUGAUGACAACUCCAAUGUCAUCCUGAAAAAGUACAAAAACAUGGUGGUGCGUGCAUGUGGCUGUCACUGAUAUUGAGGAGGGCAUGCAAGAUUGCCCUUGCCAUAUAGCUGCAGCUCAGAAUGUGGGAGCAUGCAUGUGUGUAAGAGAAAGAUGGAUUAUUUGGGGGAAUAUUUUGGAUUAUUAAGGACUAUGUGAGGAAUGUGUUAUUUUUCUUCUCUUUCCUGUCUGUUUUUAUGUACUCCUGCCACCCCUGGAGAGUAUGGACACUCAGCAUCCUGUCUAACUUUUAUAUAUAAUAUAUUUUAUAUUUAUUCUGUAUUUAACUAAAGAUUUAUUUUACCAACUAAUAUUGUCAUGAACAAAUAAAUGACAACUAAUGUCACAUAGAUCCAUAAAAUAGCACAAAAAAAGAGAUAUUUUACUGUUUUUAGGUCUUAAUAAAAUAGCACUUUUAUUUCUCAAAAGUUGCCCUAAAUCUUAGUGGUUUGCCUUAACCAACCAAAGAUGACACCUGAGACCUCAACAAUGUGUGUGCAUGUAUAUGCGAUUAUUUUUUUGGCUUCUGUAUGAUACCUGUACAGGUUAGAAUAAAAUACA